UUUAUUUCCAAUUAAAACCUUAAAAUAAAUAAAGAAAGAAUCUUGCCAAUAAUCUGAAUAAAAAUAAUUAAAAAAUAAACUAAAAAAAGCUCUUGAAAACUGUAAAAAUGGCUCAAUUGUUAACCCCAGUAUGUACAGAUCCAUUCAAAUUGCAAAACCCAGUACAUAAUUUUAAUGCCUUUUCAAGUAGAAGUAGUCGGAGCGUGUUUUCUACACGCUGUCAUAAAUGGCGUGUGAUGGGUCAGAAUAGAAGCCGGGGUUCGACCCGAGUAAAGGCAGUUGCUGAUGAUUCAAUCGGAAUGGUGGAUGAGGUUGCUGAUGAUUAUUAUGCAGUUUUGGGUCUGACACCAGAUGCUACACCACAGCAAAUUAAAAAAGCCUAUUAUAAUUGCAUGAAAGCUUGUCAUCCGGAUUUGAGUGGUGAUGAUCCAGACACUGUCAACUUCUGCAAGUUCAUCAAUGAAGUAUAUGGGGUGUUGAGUGAUCCAGUGCAACGAAUGGUGUAUGAUGAAAUUCAUGGGUAUUCUUUGACAGCGAUAAACCCGUUCAUGGAUCCAUCGAGCUCUAGAGAUCACGUAUUUGUUGAUGAAUUCAGCUGCAUAGGAUGUAAAAACUGUGCUAAUGUGGCACCAGAUGUUUUUGAAAUCGAGGAAGACUUUGGAAGGGCUCGAGCGUACAAGCAAUGUGGCAUGUCUGACCUUGUUCAACAAGCGAUAGAGAGCUGCCCAGUUGAUUGUAUCCAUUGGACUUCUGCUGCACAACUAUCUUUGCUUGAAGAUGAGAUGCGGAGAGUGGAGCGAGUUAAUGUUGCACUGAUGCUAGCAGGCAUGGGAGCAUCAUCGGAUGUAUUCAGAAUGGCUAAUUCUCGCUGGGAGAAACGACAAUCUAAACUUCUGGAAAAAGCUAGAUUGAGGAUGAUGAGAGAGAAUGGCGCUGGUGCUGCUGACGCAUACUGGGAUAACCUCUGGGGAAAGCAGAAAGGGUACCAAACUACAGAGGAAGAAGUAAAAGAGCGAGCAGGACGAGCAGCUGCAGCAGCUCGUAGGUGGCGAGAAUACUCAAGGAAAGGCGCUGAUAAACGUCCCACCUAUAAACUUCCUGAGGCAGUGGAAGUGUCUAUGGAGUAAUCACCGUCCAACAUGCAUACAUUAACUUUUGGGAUUCAUCUUACAAAUGUAUAGCUUAUAAUUUGCAUAUAUCUCUUUACCCUCUUUUCUAUUUAUCAUGUGAUCAAAAUUCAAACUAGAAUCUCAAAAUAUGAAAAGUAUAUAUAACUAGAAAUAUUUGACAAGGAAA